AUGUACGCGCCGAUUAAGGUGUACGUUAUCUGGUACGGCAAGUUCACGGCGACGCAGAAGAAGCUAGUGCGCGCAUUCACGCGCUCGCUCAACCCCAGCUCGGAUACCUCUAUAACGGUACCCCUAUGGUGGAACAUUAACCAGCUGUACUACGACCGUAACGGGCGUUUCAUCUCCAGCUCCGUUACAUUUGCAGAUGAAACGUCCGACACCGGGUAUUCCCGAGGCUCGAGCCUCAGCGACAGCGAGAUCGACUCGCUCGUCUCGUCCGCCAUAAGCAGCCAAAAGCUGCCGUACGAUCCAAACGGCGUGUACUUCGUUCUCUCGGAUGAAACGGUCAGCCAGUCCUCUCAAGGUUCCUCCUUCUGCACGCACUACUGCGGCUGGCACACCUACACAGACGUCCCGGGCAAGGGCCGCGUGGUCAGCGGCUGGGUGGGCAACGCCAAGACCCAGUGCCCUAGGAGCUGCAUCGCAGGCCUCAUCUCAUCCUCCUCCUCCUCGCCCAACCGCGACAAGGGCAUGGAUGGGCUCCUGUCUGUGUAUGCACAUGAGGUGGCAGAGGCGACGAGCAGCCCGUAUCUACAGACGUGGAUGGACGACAAAGGGGAUGAGAACGCCGAUAAAUGCGGAUGGAAGUUUGGCACCGUAAACCAUGACUCCUCGAACGCUCCGUACAACCUAGUAGCUUACCGCCAUUCCCGUCGCCGAAUCAUCACCGCGAGCGUCCGUUACGAGCAAUCCCCCCAUCAGAUACACCUUCACCAGAAGAACCGGGCUCUUACUGGCAGCGAGGAGCAAAAAGACAUCGUGCGGUUGUUUGUCGCUUCCCUCACUGCAGACGCCUCCAGUCCUGACGCUACAGUGCCAGCAUGGUGGGCCAUCAACACGCUCUACUUCGACCAGCAGGGCCGAAACAUCUCCUCCAAUGUGACUGUAAAGGGCGAGACUCACGACACCAAAUACACGCGAGGCACCAUGCUGCUGAGAUCUGACGUGGAGAGGCUCGUCCAAUCAGCCGUCAAGAGCGGGUCGCUGCCGUACGACUCGGACGGCGUGUAUUUCGUCCUUUCUGAUGAGGACGUUUCGCAGAUGGACGAUCCGAGCGGGACGGGGGGUACGCAGUAUGCUCUGGCGUUCUGCUCACACUACUGCGGAUGGCAUUCAUUCACUCAAGGGGCGGAUGGGCAAUCACUGAUAAUCUCAUUCGUUGGAAAUGCAGUCAACCAGCCCGGGGUGGUGGCCCCAAUCCACUGCAUCUCAUUGUAUCUCGAAACCACCCCCCUCCUCCUCCCCCCACUUAAACCAUUCCCCAUCCCCUCGCAGUGCCCGGAGGGCUGCAUCCCUCCGUACCUGAACCAGCCCGGGGCGGUGGCACCGAACGGGGACGCGGGGAUGGACGGGAUGGUGUCGGUGUUGGCGCAUGAACUCGCAGAGGCCACCAGCAGCCCCUUCCUCGCCACGUGGUUCGACGACCAGGGCGAGGAGAACGCCGACAUCUGCGCCUCAAAAAUCUCGUACACGCCCAUCCGCGGCUCUCGCAUCAGCAGGCGCGGUCUCACGGAAAUCGCGUCUUCAGGAGGAAUCAGAAGCGGCAGCGCGAGCAUGCGACAAACGAAGCUUCCGCAUGGAGUCAGAGCUCUGAUCGAUAACAGCGCCCAAGUAGGCGCAUCUGCGUCGAAUCCCCCGCCCAAGAACAUCGGCUACCACUGGGACGAUCCCAGUGCCGCCUACAUGUGCUCCGCGAACGCCAAGUACUGCGGAGUCAUGCACGAGCCCAUCGCAGUGUACCUCGUGUGGUACGGCGUGUUCACGGAAGCGCAGAAGCAGAUUAUGCGCACGUUUAUCGAGUCGCUCAAUACUGGAAACAGCAACGACACAUCUCUGACCGUUACCAAGUGGUGGAACAUCAACGGGCUCUACUACGACGCUCAAGGCAACUACAUUUCCGGAUCCGUCACUCUCAAGGGCGAGAUCGACGACACACUCUACUCCAAAGGAACCACUCUGUACAACUCUGGCGUCGCCGACCUCAUUUCUUCCGCAGUGAACGACGGGAAACUUCCCAAUGACAGCAACGGAGUGUACUUCGUCCUCGGGGAUUCCAAAGUGGCUCAAGAGGACGACUCAAGCUACUCUCAGUCAGGAUUUUGCAGCAGCUACUGCGGAUGGCACGCGUACACCCACGACAACCUCGAGCUCGUGAUUUCUUUUGUUGGUAACGCAGUAACCAGGUGCCCGGAGGGAUGCAUCCCGCCGUACCUGAACCAGCCGGGGGCGGUGGCACCGAACGGCGACGCGGGGAUGGACGGGAUGGUGUCGGUGGUGGCGCAUGAACUCGCAGAGGCCACCAGCAGCCCCUUCCUCGCCACGUGGUUCAACGACCAGGGCGAGGAGAACGCCGACAUCUGCGCAGGAGACUACGGGGAUGUGACCCGUGAUGCGACCACGGGAGCGUAUUUCAACCUAGAGGGCAUAGCUGGUUCAAGCAUGAGUCGUAGUCAUAGCUGUCCUCCUACUUCCCACCCCUCUCCCCCUCCUCCCCUCCCCUCUCCCCCACCCUCUUUCUUCCCCCCAUAUGACUAUCCUGUUCUCCCCCUCCCCCGCGACCCUGCUGUGAGCCAGAUGAUCGCCUCAGCGCUCCGCGCACCUUCCUCCUCCGCCUCGAUCUUUCCGCCGCGCCACUCCCCCGCCUUCCACAACAUCGACCCGCAUUGGGAUGAUCCCGAGGUUUCCAGCGUGUGCAACCCCGUUACAAAGUACUGCGGGGUUAUGUACAAGCCCAUCUCAGUGUACCUUAUAUGGUACGGCAAGUUCACAGACGCGCAAAAGCAGAUCAUCCGCACGUUUAUCGAGUCAUUCAAUAACAGCAAUGACACCGACGCUACAGUCACCAACUGGUGGAACGUCAAUCGCCUAUACUACGACGCGAUGGGCAACCAUAUCUCUGCAUAUGUGACUCUAAAGGGGGAGAUCGACGACGCAGAUUACUCCAAGGGCCGCACUCUGCUCAGCACCGACGUGGCGAAACUUCUCUCGUCCGCGGUUACCAGCAAGCAGUUCGCGAACGACCCGAACGGCGUGUAUUUCGUCAUGGGAGACCAAACGGUGGCGCAAGAAGAUGAUACUGCUCCGGAGAAAUCCGCGUUCUGCAGGAACUACUGCGGGUGGCACUUCUACACGCGCGAUGCUCUGGAACUCCCCAUCGCAUUCGUUGGCAAUGCCGCCACCAGGUGUCCCAAGCGCUGCAUCCCUCCUCGUCUCAACCGCUGCGGAGCAGUGUCCCCGAACGGGGACGCGGGGAUGGACGGGAUGGUGUCGGUGUUGGCGCAUGAACUCGCAGAGGCCACCAGCAGCCCCUUCCUCGCCACGUGGUUCGACGACCACGGCGAGGAGAACGCCGACAUCUGCUCACACGAAUACGGGGAUGUGAAGAAGGAUGCGGUUACCGGCGCGGUGUAUAAUCUUGUUGGCGUGCGCGGGUCGAGCCCCGAGCGGGCGCGCGGAGCGCAGGGGCGGUGGGUCUCCGAGCGGAUCGAAACCGUCGGAUCGGAUCCCCCGGCCGCCACAAACGGCGCCUUUCGCGGCGGCCCGAGCGGCGACAGAGGCGGAGGCGUAGGAAGGGGAGGGGGCGGUUGGAGGGACCAAGACCGUUGGCGCGGCGGAGAGGGGUACUUAGACGGGGGGAGGUAUGGCGGCGGGUUUAGCAGCAGCCGCGGGUAUAACAGCGCGGAGGGGAGGGGGAGGGGAAGGGGGAGGGGGGGAAGGGUGGGCUGGGGGGACCGGUACCAAGGGCAGGGGGGCUUCGAGGAAGGUGCGGAGGGUAUGGACGUGGAUGGUGGGUUAGAUGCCGGUGGUGGUGCUGCUGCUGGUGUUGCUGGUGGUGGUGGUGGAGGGUUAGAUGCUGGUAGUGGUGGUGGUGGUGGUGGUGGUGGUGGUGGUGGUGGUGGUGGUGGUGGUGGUGGUGGUGGUGGUGGUGGUGGUGGUGGUGGUGGUGGUGGUGGUGGUGGUGGUGGUGGUGGUGGUGGUGGUGGUGGUGGUGGUGGUGGUGGUGGUGGUGGUGGUGGUGGUGGUGGUGGUGGUGGUGGUGGUGGUGGUGGUGGUGGUGGUACUGGUGCUGCUGCUGGUGCUGGUGGUGGUGCUGCUGCUGCUGGUGCUGAUGGUGGUGGUGGAGGGUUAGAUGCUGGUAGUGGUGGUGGUGGUGGUGGUGGUGCUAGUGGUGCUGGUGGUGCUGGUGGUGGUGGUGCUGCUGCUGCUGCUGCUGCUGCUGGUGCUGGUGGUGGUGGUGGAGGUGCUGCAAGGGAGAGAUCAGACCGGAAUUUCCUCCCCUCUCCCUCCUCCCCUCUCCCUCCUCCCCUCUCCAGCGUCCCCUCUCCCUCCUCCCCUCUCCCUCCUCCCCUCUCCAGCGUCCCCUCUCCCAACUCCCCUCUCCCUCCUCCCCUCUCCAGCGUCCCCUCUCCCUCCUCCCUCCCUCUCCACCCCACCACCCUCCCCCUUUCUCCUCCUCCAGACUAUUCCAACCUCAACAGCAGCACAUGGAAUUCUAAGCCCGGCGAUUCCUUCUUUGAGUUUGAGGAUGAUGACAAGCGGGGUGGAAAGGACGAUUCAGCUGCUGCUGCUGCUGCUGCUGGUGCUGGUGCUGAUCCUGCUGGUGCUUAUGGUACAGGUGUGGGCAAUGAACGCUACGUGGGUGAUAGACCUGUUUCGGCUGGCCGGCAUCGGGAAAAGGAGAGGGACAAGGGCAGGGACAAGGAGAGGGACGGAGAGAGGGACGGAGAGAGAGACAGAGAGAGGGAGCAGAGGAGGAGCGAUCGAGCCGAAAGAAGCAGGGAGCGUGGGGAGCGGGCACGUGACUGGGUGGAGGAGACGGCAAAGUACCGUGGACACUACUAUUACGGCCGCGACCAGGUUUACCCAGGCACAGCAGACUCCCGUCGCGACCGUGUUCGCACGAAUGUGGAGUCGGGGAGAAGAGGUCAUGCACCUUUGGAUGAUGGGUGGCGGGACGAGGAGCAGCCGGUGAGAGUGAGGAGUUUCAAGAGGGAGGGGGGAGGGGAGGACAGGUGGCAGCAUGACAAGUUUGGUGACGUGGCCAAGAGCCCCACGCCGCCCCCUGCUGCUGUUGGUGUUGGUGCUGUUGGUGGUGCUGCUGAUGCUGCUGGGCCUGAUAUCAGUCGGAUUGAGGCACUGCUUGCAAGCUGA